AUGAAGAGGAGGAAAGAAGGCGCAGAGUGUCGCCACGCAAGUGAAGUGCUGGCACGUGGGUUCCACGAGGAACAUUCCUCUUUUGUCAACAUUAUCAUGGAUCCAAUGCAUCACACCCCAGCGUACAGGAAUGAUGCUCACCCAGCACCAACACCAACCCCAACACCCAAUUUUGAUCACGAUGAGUAA